UUUAAACCAAUUUAAACCAUUUUGUUUGUAGAUAUUUUUCUUAACAGAUAUGUCGAUGUACAUAAUUUUAACGUAGAAUAUUCAAAAUUUAUCAUUCAUUAUUGGAAGUCAUCUAGAUACUAUUCUUUGCAACUAGUACUUUUAGUUAAAUUCUAUAUUAAAAUUCAUUGAUGUGAAACUUGUUUACGGUCGAUGUGCAUUUAACGUUUAUAUUUAUUCACUGUCGCCUUAUUUAAUUAACGCAAUUUAAAAAUGGUUUUCUACGUUGGAUUUUUCAUGGAAAACAACGUAUACUAUAAUUUUUAAAUGUUGAUGCAUUUGCAUAUUUUUUUGAAAUAAAUUAAUGGUAUAUUUCACUUAUCGUGCAGUUUCAGAAUACAUCACGGCGAGGAACAACGGAACCACCAUCAAUGGUAACCGGACUUUGGACCAGAUAGUCGACAGUUUCGGUUCCUGGGAAACCAUGUGUUUGGUGGGGGUGUGCAUACUGGUGAUCCUGGUAUUCAGCAUUUUGUUUGCCUAUUCUGUGGCGGCCACGGUUAAUACUUUCUUUAUAAUCGCGUUGGUCUCCUUAGCCUUAGCAUUGUGCUACACUGCGAUCCAGGCUUACACUACGUGGUCGGAAGGAAACGUAACUUCGGCUAAGACGUGGCUCGGUACAAGCCUCAUGUGGAUCCUCUUACUGCCGUUGAUCUUGUUGUAUGCUGCUCGGUUCGCUAUGGCGCUUUUUCGCCGCAACAGUAAGGAAGCCAUCGGGAGCAUCAAGGCGGCAUGCAAAUCCAUAAGGUUGUCGGCGGUGUUUUUUUCAUCCGGGGUGGACUGCCUGCUAUUUAUGGCGAUCGUUUUAAGCGGCAUGGUCGCGCUGAAAAUGGCAUCCGUCGGAAAUACGUACUCAAGUGCUCUGCCGGUAUUCGUGAUGCUGUUGUUUAAGUUCAUCUUAUCAACCUUCAAGAGCAUGGUGCUGGCAUACAUAGCAAUCCCAAAAAAGGCAGCUCUUUCAUUGGGCGCUGCGUUUCGCUUUGUCGAAUCGAACGACUUUAUUAUAAUCGGCCUAUGGGAACUUGCAGCCACAAUAAUAUUUAGUGUUAAAAUUUUGUGGCAGAUUUACGACUGGAUGAAUCUGGGGGCAAUUGGAUUCAUCAUACUGUUUGUUAUCAAGAUAGUGUGGAUGGCUAUGCAAUUGUGCCUGGGGAAACGAAUCAGAAAAAUUUACGCAUAUCUGCAGCUUGCCAACUUUAAAAAUGCGUACAUCGUGCGUGCCAUCUCCGGCAAGAGCUUCAUCGCCAGCGCCAAGCACGCGGGAAAAAUGCUUCGUGAAGAUUCACUGCAGGACACCGACUCUAUAUUUCAACUUCUACACCUGGCCCCGAUGUGCGUGUUGGCUCCGCUUGGCUACGCGUUUUUUUCCUGGCAGCAGAUUGGUCCGACAAUUGUUGCGGCUGUCGGGACAUACUAUAUCAUAGCAACAUUUUUGCACCCCUUCAAAGUGGUGGUGAAAACAGCAGAGUUUUCCAAACUGAUCGUACGUGAAGACAACGCAGGACCAUCAAGAGACCAUCCAUAAACCACGAGCAAACAACAAAGGAGAACGAGGAGGUAGUACCUACCGUAACUAUCAAAACGGAUACACCAGCGAUGAAUCUUCAGUCGAGAACAGAACACUGAUGAAGUCUGCAAGUAGUAAACGAAAUACGUAUCUGUCAAGAUAUUAAAAGGAAUUAAAAGGAACAACUCGUCUCUUUGUAUUCACAGCACUAACUUCCUUUAAAUUUUCUUCAUAGCAUUUUGAAGUUAUUG